AUGCUGAGGAAACAAGAGCUCGGCUGUCAUUCAUAGUCUUGACGUCACCCUCCUCGCGCAGGAACUCGGCGCUUGUUCAUCAAUUAAAGCGCAUUUGGCGUUUACGUUCGUACUGUACGACAGCGAGUACUUGCACACUGAGAUACACAUAUGAAGUCCCCCUGCAGCACAGCCAACAUGGGAACCCAAAGAAAGGACAGCUUCCUCUGGGGGAAAGCACCUUUAGCGUAUCAAACUAAUGACAAGAAGCAGUCUGACGUCCAUAAGCAUGUGAUUCUAGAUGACAUUCAGAAACUCAGGCUGGAGAUCGAAAACAUGAUGACAGAAAUUCAAACAAUGGAGGCCGAUGAUGAGAAUAAAAAUGUUAUGAAGAACAAGAGAAUCCAGUGUGGCAAAAAGAAGUUUAACAUGGACCCAAAAAAGGGUAUCCAGUACCUAGUGGAUAACGACCUGUUGGAGUGGAAACCAGAGGCUGUGGCGGAGUUCCUCUACAAAGAGGAAGGCCUCAAUAAAACAGCUAUUGGCAAUUUCUUAGGAGAAAGGGAGGAGAUCCACCUUCAGAUCUUGCAGGCUUUUGUUCACCUUCAUGAGUUUUCAAACCUUAAUCUAGUUCAGGCUUUGAGGCAGUUCUUGUGGAGUUUCCGUCUACCUGGUGAGGCUCAGAAGAUCGACCGCAUGAUGGAGGCCUUUGCUCUGCGCUACUGCACCUGUAACGCUGGGGUUUUUCAGUCCACAGACACCUGUUACAUCCUUUCCUUCGCUAUCAUCAUGCUCAACACAAGUUUGCACAACCCCAAUGUGAAAGACAAGACCACACUAGAACGAUUCAUCAGCAUGAACAGAGGAAUCAACAAUGGAGGAGAUCUUCCCAAUGAACUACUCGAGAAACUUUAUGAGAGCAUUAAGAACGAACCCUUUAAGAUCCCAGAAGAUGACGGCAAUGAUCUCACUCACACCUUCUUUAAUCCGGAUCGAGAGGGCUGGCUUCUAAAAGAAGGUGGCAGAAUAAAGACCUGGAAGAGGAGGUGGUUCAUUCUGACUGAUAGCUGCCUCUAUUAUUUCCAAUAUACCACUGACCAAGAACCAAAAGGAAUCAUUCCCCUAGAGAACUUAUGUGUUAAAGAGGUGGAGGACGCACACAAACAGUUCUGUUUGGAGCUGUUUAGCCCUCAUCGUAAAGGAGAGACGAUAAAGGCAUGUAAAACAGAGACAGAUGGGAGAGUUGUGAUGGGCAAACAUCACUCCUACAGACUCAGUGCUGCUUCUGAAGAGGAACGUGCAGACUGGAUCCAGUCCAUCAGAGCUUGUAUCACAAAAGACCCUUUCUAUGACCUGGUGUCUGCACGCAAGAAGAAGAUCAUCAGCCACACCGAACAACAGGACUGAAGCUGAUUAAACAGCUGACAGAUUAAUGAACUGACGAGAUCUGAUCUUUCUGAACAGCUGCACACAGACUGAAGUACCAACAGUAGCCAAUGGUACUGACUGAAUGAGCUGGAAAUGAUGAAUGAGGUUCUCAGGGUGCUAAUUCUCAGGCCUCCCUCUCACCACGCAGAGGUCACCGCUGCUAUGUGUGCAGCCUCAGGGUUCAUUCACACAGUGGUGUUGUGGUCAGGAGUUUUGUCAAAAAAAUGUCCUAUUUAAUUUAUUUAAAGCUUACGGGAAAUUUUACAGUGAAAAUCUAGCGCUGUAAAGAUUGCAGUUUCUUUUAUAUGUAAAAUAUUGUAUAAAAAAAAAAAAAAAGCCAUUACUCUGACCUUGAAAAAGUUUGUAUAGUGUCACCUGAUAACUGUAGGAUUUUUCUAGUCAUGUUUGAAUUUUAUUUUCAAUGAAAAACCUUUAAAUUAAGCUACAUUUAACAGGGUGUUUGUUUUAAAUCACUAUUUUUUUUUCUGUGUAUUUUUCCAUUUGACUAAAACAUAUAGUUUUUUUUUUAAUCUAAUCAGUAUGUCUAUCUUGUAAAUAUUGCAGUGCCAGUUAGCAUUAAUUGUUAUCAGAUUGAAAUUGUCCAUAUUCUGCACAUAAUAAAUGAUUUAUUUAAUGAAUGUAUCAUUAUUUGAUUAUAAGCUUAUGUAAUUACAGAGAACUACUAAAUAAACUUGUAAAUACAUUAAAACCAUGUUAUUAAAAUACAAUGACUGCACUAGGCUGAUUUAAUUAAAAGUCUUUUCCUCUUUUCUCCAGCAGAGGGCAGUGUUGAUCAAGUCCUGUAGC